AUGGCUGGCAUAUUCUCCAAAACCUUGUCUGAGGUCCAUCCGGCACUCCGAACCAAUGGUAUGGGUAUUGGGAACACCCAUCGACGUAUAUCAUUGAGUUUCUUCCCUGUGAACCAGAAGAACCCACUGGUAAGGAAAUACAGGAAACAGAAGCAUUCAGCCGCCGAUCAAAGAAGUUACGUGUCCCUGGGAGAUGAUUUUGGUAGUAAUUUUCAUGAGCCAAGUUUCUAUUUACCAGACCUAGAAGAAGAGGGGUCUUUCGACAAUUUGGAUGGAGGCGAGUUGAGUCGUACUGUCUCCCUGCCAUCAAUGGUUUCUGAGACUCAACCAAUGCAAUCACCAGAUCUAGACUGGAUUUUACAAGAACAUGAGCGUAGGUACUCCUCGGCGUACAACUCUGAUGAAGAAGAACAAAACGAACUCAAUAAUAUUGGAAUGCAUACAGAUAGGGAAUUAGAAUUCGACACUUUCAUGUCUCGAUUACAACAGCAGAAACAGAGCUAUGCCUCGGAACACAAUCAAGGUCAAUUAAGGCGAAAACAUGCUCACAGACCAUCUUUUGCAUCUGUUACUUCACGUGGUAGUAUCCCGAUGGUUUAUCAAGAGUGUGACGACUCAGAACAAGAUAGUUUAGAUGUAGCAGAUGAUAAAAAAGUGACAUAUGAAUCGGAAGCCAAGAUUAUGGCAUCGUACUUUCUUCCCUUAGUGUUUACUUUUUUACUUGAGCAAAUUUUCCCUAUGGUUUCUUCGUUAACUGUUGGUCAUUUAGGUAAAAAUGAACUGGCCGCCGUGUCUUUAGCAUCUAUGACUUCGAAUAUUACUUUGGCAGUCUUCACUGGCAUUGCAACAAGCCUAGAUACUCUAUGUCCUCAAGCGUAUGGUUCUGGAAGAUAUAACAGUGUUGGAGUCCAUUUACAAAGAUGCAUCGCGUUUUCGCUGACAGUAUACAUACCAUUUGCAUUUUUCUGGUUCUAUUCAGACUUUUUUCUAUCUUUUGUGAUUUCAGAGAAAGAGUUGAUUAAUUUAACAACGAAAUUUUUAAGAGUGCUUAUUUUGGGAGCACCAGCGUAUAUCUUAUUUGAAAAUUUGAAAAGAUUUCUACAAGCUCAAGGAAUUUUUGAUGCAGGAAUAUAUGUGCUUGCGAUUUGUGCACCUUUGAAUGUUCUAGUUAGUUACACAUUGGUCUGGAAUAAGCAUAUAGGAGUCGGAUUUAUAGGCUCAGCUAUCUCCAUUGUUAUCAAUUUUUGGCUGAUGUUUAUAUUGUUACUGCUUUAUUCGGUAUACGUGAAGGGCAGGAAAUGCUGGGGCGGCUUUACAAAAAAAGCCUUCACUCAUUGGAAAGAUUUGAGUCAUUUAGCUAUUUCAGGUAUUGUUAUGCUAGAAGCAGAGGAGCUUUCAUACGAGAUAUUGACUCUUUUUAGUGCACAUUUUGGUACCAGUUAUUUGGCAGCUCAGUCAGCUGUCUCAAAUAUGGCUGCCUUGCUGUAUAUGAUCCCAUUUGCUGUUGGGAUAGCGGCGUCUACUAGAAUUGCAAAUUUCAUUGGAAAAAAAAAGCCUGAAUGUGCGCAUAUAUCUUCACAAGUUGGUCUCGCAUUUUCCUUUGCCGCAGGUCUUAUUAACUGCUGCAUACUGGUAUUUUUGAGGAAGCCUAUAGCCAACGUCUUCUCGAGAGAUGAACAGGUUAUUAGUCUGAUAAGUGAUACUUUACCAUUAGUGGGCAUUGUCCAAAAUUUUGAUUCCUUGAAUGCUGUUGCAGGCGCUUGCCUGAGGGGCCAAGGAAUGCAAUCUUUGGGAAGUAUUGUAAAUCUUGUAGUAUAUUACUUGGUAGCCAUGCCUUUAGCAAUUUUUCUGAGCUACGUCUUGGAUAUGAAACUUAGCGGAUUAUGGAUAGGUAUAGGGUUGGGGAUGCUAUUAAUCGGUCUAAUAGAAUCAUACUACGUUUUAUUUCCAAAUUGGAAAAAUAUUAUGAAUUACGCAGAAAUUCUCAAGGAAACCGAGGACGACGAGGAUUCGAAUAGCCAGAGUUAUUUUACAGAUUCGGAUGACGAUGAGCCAAAUGAAACCACCCCUUUGAAUCGUAGAUAA